UCAGCUGGAAGGCAGAAGGGUGGUGGUCAGCUGCGAGGAGGAGGCUGCAGCCGGGGACGAGGGCAGCUGAUCCAGAGCUUUCCCAGAUUGCGGGCCGGUCCAUCUCUGCACCAGACCCGAAGACAGGUGGUGGGCAGACACUGAUGGCUGGAAAGCUUGGCUCCAGCGCACCCAAGGGGAGGAUGUCAGUGGGCUGAGCGAUGGCCAGCGCUGGGCGUCUGCUGCUGCUACUGCUCUGCUCGCUACCCGUGGCCCCGGUGCUGACAAUCAAGAGGUACCAGCAUUUGUCACAUAAGAGCAUCGGAGAGCCCUGUGAGACACACAGUGAAUGCCAGAGCGACUGCUGUGUCACCAACAGCCUGAACCCUCAGAAGUUCUGCACCGCCCAGACCGUAUUCCAGCAGUGCCUGUCCUGGAAGAAGCCAAAUGGGUACAUCUGCAAGGACCACUUGGAGUGCCAGAGCAAAUGCUGUGUCGUCAACAAUUAUGGGGUGCAGACGUACUGCAAAGCCAAGACCAUCUUCCUGCAGUGCUUGCCCUGGCGCAAGCCCAACUGGGACUACUGCGACUACCACAGCGAGUGCCGCAGCAAGUGCUGCAUCCGGCUGAAUGAGCUCAGCCCCAACCGCUGCGUCCCCCAGAGCGGCAUCCUGCUCCAGUGCCUGCCCUGGUGACGUGGGCCCAGUCUGUGCCCUGGAGACCACCCUACACCCUGAGCCCUGUGUGUGUUCAUGGGACCAUGAAGACCCGCAGGUAUUACACGUCUAACCAUGAACUCCCGAGGCCAUCCAUGCCGUGCAAACCAAGGGCAGCUCCUGGAACCUCAAUGUGAUGACUUAGCAUGAAUAAACCUCCUGACUGAG